AUGAACAGUGGACUCCCAGUCACAGCCGCUCCGCUCGGGGUUGCCGGGAUACCCAGCGUCAAAGUGAAGUUCUGUCGGUACUACGCUAAAGACAAGACAUGCUUCUAUGGAGACGAGUGCCAGUUCUUGCACGAGGAUCCCUCCAUGGCGAGCCUGUCGCUGCAUGGAGGAGGCAACAGCCCAGUACCGUUGUCCAUGGCCAGCAGUGGCGGCGGGACGCCAGGGGGCUACUCACUCGGAAGCUCCGCGGCAACCUGUCCGGGCGGAGGAAGCACCAGUGUGCCCAAGAAAAAUGAAACACUGGGGCCUGCGGGCACGUCGCUAGAGGGUCAGCUUUUAACCAUCCCAGGGAUGGAGGGAGCAACUCUGAGUGAUGCCAGUCUUACCAACUCUUACUUCAGCAGCAGCUUCAUAGGGGUCAAUGGGUUUGGCAGCCCAGCGGACUCUAAAUACUCAAUGAUGCAGAGAAUGACUACCAGCAGCAGCUCUCCCAGUCUCAUCAACGAUGGUGCCAAGAACUUCAGCCACAGCUCUCAUGAUCCAGUGAACUCCCCAACAUCUUCACUCUUUAGUGAUUUUGGUGCUCUAAGCAUUUCCCAAAGGAGAAAAGCUCCUAAUCCAGCAGCGAGUGAGUUCAUACCGAAGGGAGCUCCACGUAUGGCCACCAUGGCUCAGUCAACUGUCCAGGCCUUCCCUUCGCCCCUCUUCCCUCACCCAGGACUCAGCAGUUCCACAGCCACUGCCCUGGCUCCAGGAAUGUCCUUGUCUGCCGGGUCUUCUCCACUCCACUCUCCAAAAAUAACACCACACACCUCACCUGCGCCUCGUCGGCGCAGUCACACCCCAAACCCUGCCAAUUACAUGGUGCCCACCACUGCAUCUGACCAAGGAGCUCACAUUAUCCAAAAAGAAACUGUUGGGGGAACUACUUACUUCUACACAGACAAUACUCCAGCACCGAUGGCUGGAAUGGUGUUUCCUACUUACCAUAUCUACCCCCCCACUGCACCCCAUGUGGCCUACAUGCAGCCAAAAGCAAACGCCCCGUCCUUUUUUAUGGCUGAUGAGCUGCGACAGGAGUUAAUAAACAGACAUUUGAUCACCAUGGCCCAGAUUGACCACUCAGAGAAUCCAGAUGUACCAGGUGAGGUGGACAGCUACCACAGCUUGUUCCCCCUUGAACCACUCCCACCACCAAACCGUAUGCAGAAGACCAGCAACUUCAGCUACAUCACCUCCUGCUACAAGGCUGUCAACAGCAAGGAUGACCUGCCUUACUGCCUGAGGAGGAUACACGGUUUCCGUCUUGUUAACACCAAGUGCAUGAUGCUGGUGGAUAUGUGGAAGAAGAUCCAGCACUCCAACUCUGUGACAUUGAGGGAGGUCUUCACCACCAAGGCCUUUGGAGACCACUCCCUGGUGUUCUCUUACGACUUCCAUGCUGGUGCAGAGACCAUGUUCAGCAGACACUUCAAUGACCCAGCAGCAGAUUCCUACUUCACCAAGAGGAAGUGGGGACAACAUGAGCCUCCACCCCCACGGCAGCAUGCAGGCCUCCUCCCUGAAUCUCUGAUCUGGGCCUACAUAGUCCAGCUGAGCUCCGCCCUGCGCACCAUCCACACGGCUGGCCUGGCCUGUCGUGUCAUGGAUCCCAGCAAGAUUCUCAUUACUGGCAAAACCAGGUUACGAGUAAAUUGUGUUGGAGUGUUUGACGUCUUAACAUUUGACAACAGUCAGACCAAUCAUCUUGCCCUAAUGCCACAGUACCAGCAAGCAGACCUUGUGUCACUGGGCAAAGUUGUGCUGGCGUUGGCAUGUAAUUCCCUCGCUGGCAUUCAGAGGGAGAACCUGCAGAAGGCCAUGGAGCUGGUGUCCAUCAACUACUCUUCAGACCUAAAGAACCUCAUUCUGUACCUGCUGACCGAACAGUCUCGGCUGCGCAGCGUCAAUGACAUCAUGCCGAUGAUUGGAGCCCGAUUUUACACACAACUGGAUGCAUCUCAGAUGAGGAAUGACGUCAUUGAAGAGGACCUGGCCAAGGAAGUGCAAAAUGGCCGCCUCUUCCGACUGCUGGCCAAACUGGGCACAAUCAAUGAGCGUCCUGAGUUUCAGAAGGACCCCACGUGGUCAGAGACAGGUGACCGCUACCUGCUAAAGCUUUUCCGCGAUCACUUGUUUCACCAGGUGACAGAGGCUGGAACGCCUUGGAUCGACCUCAGCCACAUCGUCUCCUGCCUCAAUAAACUGGAUGCUGGUGUUCCUGAGAAGAUCAGUCUGGUGUCUCGGGAUGAGAAGGGCGUCCUUGUUGUGACCUACUCGGACCUGAAGCGCUGCUUUGACAGCACCUUCCAGGAGCUGCAGGCUGUAGCCUCAGGUUCUCUGUAGCGUCCUCUUUGGGCCAGGGGUGGAAGGACCCCGACCUGGAGCACACUAUUGCACUACAGUGAAGGACCAGACUUGUGGAGGUGACAUCAGCUCGGUGAAGGCAGCGGGGCAAGGCUUCGUUAACCUCAGUCACAUACACUGACCCUGUUCCACCAGGAUGGCUUUUUCUAAGGUGUAUUUUUUUUUUAAUUUUCCUAAAAAUCUGCUGAAAAUGGAAAAAAAAAACAAACAAACAACAAAAUAAAACAAAAAAAAACAAACUAAAGAAUAAUAGACUAAGGACAAAUACAGAAGCUGUGAUAAAUGAGAAAGAAGACUUUUUUUAGAUUUGGGGAACAAAAAAUGAGAAACAAACCAGUAAGGUUUUGGAACUUUUUUCCUGCUUUUAUUCUUUAUUUCUACAGUUGGGGUUUAUUUUUCUGAGGACGAUGCACUAAGAUUUUAAUUUUUUGUUCUUUUUUAUUUUUAUGAUAAUGUGUGAGUGACCUACAGGGUGUACAGAGAGAGAUAGAGUCACACACAGACAGAAAUAUCAGAGAAAACUCAGAAAAAUAAAAACAAACAAAAAGAAAUCCAGAUUUUUAUGAACUGCAUCUCCUGCUGGAGACCGUGCCCCUUUACUCUGACGCACUAGGAGAUGGGACAUACCACUGGAGGCACUCACAGAGGUGGAGAGCAUAUGAAAUGGACUGGCCCACUUUUCCUCCCAGAAAGAAUGUGUAGGUUCUUGAAACUGGAAAGAAAUGAAUGAAUUCCUGACAUUUAGGUUGUGAGGAUUUUGGAAUUUCCAGCUCAUGCCACUGGAUGUGUAUGUGGGUGGGCUGUCAUGGACCAGGAUGUGGUGAUUAUUUUGGCACUGAGGAGGGUGGGUCGUCUUCUCCUGAUGCUGUCUACCAAGUGUUUGUUACAUAUGCAGAAACCACAUUUGGUUAACGAAAGUCUUAGUGACAUGAACUGAAGAGUCAUUUUUGUUUGGCUCUGCAGCACUUAGGAGUGUGACCUGUGGGUGGAGAAUCUCCAGGUGACGCCACACCUGCCUUUCUGUGGAAUGUCCUCAUUUGGCCUCUCACCCCUCUUCCUCCCCCUAUCGUUUUCUGCAGUACACUUGUCUUGGAAUCAACUUUUUUAUCCCAAACUUCACUUCCACCCUGUGGUUUAGGGUCUUAUACUUUUGAGAAAAAAACUGCUCCAGCUUUCCUUUUUUGGGGGGGAUGGGAGGGGGGUGAAAAUUUUAGCUAUUUUUUUUCUCUUUGCUCAGAUGCUGUGUAGAAAAACCUGAGGGGAAAUAAGGGAGGACAAGUCAUUUUUGACUCAAUUUACUAGUGUGUGGACCAAUUCCAGCAGGGGCUUAGGCACGGGGGAAGGACGGAGGGUGAAGGAGAACAAAACACAAGUGGUUUUUGUUUUAAUUAACAUUUUAAAGUGAAAUACAAAUACAAAUAGCGCCCAGAUGCUGGCUGCUGCCAUCACUCAAAUGGCACGGAUUUCUCUCAGGAUGACAAACAACUGGAGGGGCCCAAUGAUUGAAUGUGUCUUGCUGUCAUUGAUCCUUUCUCCAGUCAGAUCAAUGAGUUACAGUAAAGUGGGCAGGAGUUCCUCAGAUGGAGUUUUUGGAGGUCAAAACGGCGUUGCAGUGAUUACACUCUGAAAUAUUUUUCUGUUGCCCUUAAGCACAGUUCACACUGGGAUCUACGUAAAUCUCAUUAUCACUUAAGAAGGUUGGUGCCAACUUAGUUUAACGAGAAAACCAUAUUUCUGUUGUGUCAAACCGCCGCAUUUCAAUCAUAAUCUUUAUUAUGAUUGUACAACAAAGAAAUCCGUUCUGUAAUACUGAAGGGUCCUGUUGAAGGACCCUCACAGUCAGAUUGGAGUCAAAAGCACCUCAUCAAGCACAGUGUUUCGACUACAGUUAACAUUUCAAAGUUUGUCAGACGUCAUUCGUCUGUUCUUGAGGGCAACAAACUGACGAGACGACGGCUGCAUUUGACCAUGUACUUUUUCCUCACUUUUAGUAAAACAGACAGAUGAGCCUAUUUUGAUAAAUUUGGUGCUUAAGAUAACUCAUACACACAUACACACAACCUUUUCAAACACCAUUGCCUUCGUACACAAAGUCAGUGUCCAUAUCACGUUCUUCCACAGAACAUAACACACUCCAGGUAGACAAGAAGUGACAACGUUCUUCUCCCCACACUUACAAUCACCAUUUUGGUCUGUUUUAUGUCCCUUUUGUGUUUAUUGUCCCAGAUUUUUUGCAAUAUUUGUGUGUACAGCAGUAUUUUAAUAAAGAAUACCAAAACAUA